CGGGGAAGGGAAGAGCUCUGACAGUUUUGGAACUGAGAAGCCCCCGUCUGGAGGAGGGGACUGGGAACUCACCCGGCCCGUAUUUCGAGUCGAACAAUACAAUGGAGGACCAGUUAAUACAACUUAAUAAAUAGAUAAGUAUAUUAGAUUGCGGGAGAAAUUCCUGAUCCAUUGAAUGGUAGAACUCCAUGGCUCUUGACUUACCAACCACCAGAUUGAAAAAGUUUUCCUUGUUAACGGUAGCAGACUAGCAAGCUAAUUGUAUUAGCACGCUAGCAGAGCCGAAGCAAUCAAGCCUUGGAAAGGAAGGAAAGGGAAAUAAGGACUGCGCACUCUAUCACCAAAAACAGAUCUCUACCAGGGAAGUUUACAACAAAAUUGUCGGUGUGCAGGAACGCUUUCAAGGUCUCCGUUUAACUUAACUUAACUCUGUCAGAGGAAUUAUGUUACUGAAGAAAAGUCACUUGCAUUGAAGUAUAUUUAUUAACGUUACAGCUCUCUGCGGUUAACGUUACCUAACUAACUUCGACUGCUAGCGAUAGGUUAGCCUACAGGAGUGUUGGCUGGCCAGCGAAGGAAAGGAAACGCAGAUUAGGGGUAGUUUGUGGUGAUUGACUUACACUUGAGCCAAAUAGCUUAGCUCGAAGUAAAAGAGGGCCGUGACUGAUAUAAGCUCUCAUGGCCUCAGAUGUGGUAGAAAGUGAAGUGGACUCGAGGCUGAACACAGCUGGAGACAUGGGUCUGAACAAAAGCAGCCCAGAUCCAGACACACCCAGGACACUUGAGAUGCUGGAAAACAAUGCGACGACGAGUCCGUCGCAUUCAUCAGAAGGUGGAGAGAAGGAAGAUGAGGAAAAGUCCGAAAAGUCCUCCACCAAAGACGUUGUUUUGUUGGAGAACGGGAAUUGUGCUGCGCCACUCGACAGCCCGACCCCACCAGGAUCUUCGCCACAGGAAGCGGAGACUCCAGACAAUGGACAAAAACAGGAGGAAUCGACUGUGGAGCGAACUUCCACUCCAGUUAACUUUACCCAGCACAACUCUUCACCUGAUGAUUUAAAUGGAAGUCUGGAGCGCCAGGAGUCUGUCGCCACCACCGAAGCCCGGCUCAGGAUGGAGGGGGUGGAGCUUAAGGAAGAAUGGCAGGAUGAGGACUUUCCUAGGCCUCUCCCAGAGGAAGAGGAGGAGGAGGAAGAGGACAUUGAGCUCAGUGACGAUCUCUUCACUGGCACAUCAGGGGAAGGAGAACCUGCGACAAAACCCUACAGUGGCAAGAAGACCAAGAAGAAGCUCCUGGCCCCAGACAUCAGCCUGAAUCUAGACCGGAGCGAGGGCUCGGUUCUCUCUGACGAGCUGGACGACAGCACCGAACUGGACCUAGAUGACCUGGACACGCCCUCUGACAACAGCAACGAGUUUGAGUGGGAGGACGACCUUCCGAAGCCGAAGAGCACGGAUCUGCUGCGGAAGGGUGUGGAGUCGGUGCGCGAGUACUCUGCAUCUGAGGAGCGGGAGGAGGGCCGUCGCUGGAGGGUCUUCCGCAUCGGGGACCAGGAGCACCGCGUCGACAUGAAGGCCAUCGAGCCCUACAAGAGGGUCAUCAGUCAUGGAGGUUACUACGGUGACGGGUUGAAUGCCAUCAUUGUUUUUGCGGUGUGCUUCAUGCCGGAGAGCAACCAGCCAAAUUACAGAUACAUCAUGGACAAUCUCUUUAAGUAUGUGAUCGGUACUCUGGAGCUCCUGGUGGCUGAGAACUACAUGAUCGUGUACUUGAACGGUGCCACAUCUCGCCGCAAGAUGCCCAGUGUGGGGUGGCUCAGGAAGUGCUACCAGCAGAUCGACAGGAGGUUACGGAAGAACUUGAAGUCUUUGAUAAUCGUCCAUCCUUCCUGGUUCAUCCGCACCCUUCUUGCUCUCACCAAACCGUUCAUAAGCUCAAAGUUUAGCCAAAAAAUAAAGUAUGUGUUCAGCCUGACGGACCUGGCAGAGCUCGUUCCCAUGGAAUAUGUGUCCAUACCCGAGUGCAUUAAACAGUUUGAUGAAGAAAAAAAUAGGAAAAGACGUAAAAGGACUGACCAGGACAUGCAUGGCAAGGUGGAGAUGGCCGCAGCAGCAGUGCCGGAGUGAUGCAGGGUGUGUGCGUGUGUGUGUAUUUGUGUGUUUUGUGUGUGUUUGCACGCAGAGCCCCUCGCGUAGAGCAGCAACAAAAAAAACAGGAUAAAAGACAGAAGAAUGUGCAGCCAGUGGCAUCCAGGCUUGUUAUCGUUUUGGUUCUGUGUUUUUGGUUGGUUCUCUUUUUCUGAAGACUCAUCGAGAUCGAAUGGAGAUCUUCUCUUGUUGCCGACUUCAGAGUUGUGCCUUUUAAGACGCCGCUGCCUGUUCUGUCUGUGGACAUUUUCUGAUCUGUGUGUUGUAGUAAUGCCAAACACCCGGUCAAUACUUUGAGAUCUCAAUUCCGUUGCAAGCAAGCCAUUUUUAUAACCUUUUUACAUAAUGUAGCCACACAUAGACAUUUCUGUAGCCUUUGUCAUAGUUACUGAUGUAUGUGUAAGGCACUCCAUUUCCACAUAGAUGAUGCAUGGUCCUCAUUUCAGUUAAAAUAUAUAUUUAUAUUUCAAAAAAGUGAUGAAAAAGGAGAGAUUUAAUAUAUUUUUAUGGCUAUUGAUUUGAACAAUAUUUUUAGACUGCUCACCACUGGGCUUAGAUCACACCUGUUGUUAUUUACUGCUGAAUAGAACAAGGAGGUGCAUGGAAAAAAGAAGAAAAAAAAAGGUUUGUAGCGUGUCCUUUCUCCCUCACAUGCUGCAGGUAAAAGGAAGUUAAGACAGAAAAACGUGAUUAACCUGAACACGGAGCCUGUGGCCGAAAUAAAGGACCGCUCGUUUUCUGACAUGUGUUUUUUAAAUUGGUUGCCAAAUGUAAAAUGCCAAAUGUAUGUGUUGUGUAAAUGUGUUUUACUGUAAUUUGACAGAUGAAUAAGAGCAAGUGAUUGUAACUACAUAAGGAAUGGAAUCUGUCAAGUCAAAUACGGCCUGAAAAAAAAACACCAUAUGAUA